AUGCUACUGUCAGAGAGAAAUACAAGUGGAGCCACAUUCACCCUUUUGGGCUUCUCAGAUUACCCAGAAUUACAAGUUCCCUUCUUCUUGGUAUUUCUGGCCAUCUACAGUGUCACUGUUGUAGGGAAUCUUGGGAUGAUUGUGAUCAUAAAAAUUAACCCCAAACUGCAUACCCCCAUGUACUUUUUCCUCAGUCACCUUUCCUUUGUGGACUUCUGCUAUUCGUCCAUCAUUGUUCCCAAAAUGCUCGUGAACUUAAUUGUAGAAGACAGAACCAUUUCAAUUUUAGGAUGUUUAUUGCAGUUCUUUUUCUUUUGUACAUUUGUGGUGACUGAAUCUUUUUUAUUAGCUGUAAUGGCCUAUGACCGUUUUGUGGCCAUUUGCAAUCCUCUGCUCUACACAGCUGCAAUGUCCCAGAAACUCUGUGCUCUACUGGUGGUCGGAUCAUAUGUAUGGGGAAUAGCAUGCUCUCUGAUACUCACAUGCUCUGCUUUGAAAUUAUCCUUUCGGGGUUUCAACAUUAUCAAUCACUUUUUCUGUGAGUUCUCCUCACUUCUCUCCCUUUCUUGGUCAGAUACCUAUCUUAACCAGUUACUGCUUUUUAUCUUUGCCACUUUCAAUGAGGUGAGUACAUUACUCAUCAUUCUCACCUCUUAUGUAUUCAUCAUUGUUACCAUCUUGAAAAUGCAUUCAGCCAGUGGACGUCGGAAAGCAUUUUCUACCUGUGCCUCUCACGUGACCGCCAUUACCAUCUUCCACGGCACCAUCCUCUUCCUCUACUGUGUGCCCAAUUCCAAAAACUCUAGGCAAACAGUCAAAGUUGCCUCUGUGUUUUACACAGUUGUGAUCCCCAUGUUGAAUCCCCUGAUCUACAGUCUGAGAAAUAAAGAUGUCAAGAAUACGGUCAGCAAGAUAAUGCACAUUAAAUUCUUUUCUCAUUAA